AUGGCGAAACACGCAUUUACAACAGGCCGCGAGGCGCGCCUCGCAGCCCGUGACAAGAGCUUCAAAGAUCAGACCUCCGGUAUCGCGCCGUCCUAUCUCCAAGCCAACUUACUAGUUCUCCCGCGCCGUUACGCCGACGACUUCCGUCUCCUAUGUGCCCGAAACCCCGUUCCAUGUCCUCUCGUUGCCGAGUCCGCCGCCCCAGGCGAUGCGACACAGCUCAAGUCCCAUCUCAAAGCCCCGGCAGCCAAGUCUGCGACGAACGGUCAAGCGAAUGGCACCUUGCACACUGAGGACAGACCGCUCGAUGUUGCCAAGGAUAUCGACCUCCGUCACGACUUCUCAAGAUACAUGGUCUAUAAGGAUGGCAAGUUGGCGCAUGAGGCUGAAGAUAUCGCGGCAGAGUGGUCGGAGGACCAUGUUGGCUUCCUGAUCGGCUGCUCGUUCAGCUUUGAGUCCGCAUUGGCUCAGGCUGGGCUGGCCCCAAGACAGCAAGCCCAAGGCAGGAAUGUGCCGAUGUACAGGACCACAAUCCCUCUGUGCCCUGCCGGCGUUUUUGUCGGCGGCACCUACGUUGUGUCUAUGAGGCCAUAUAGAAAGGCAGACGUAGAGAAAGUUAGGGACAUUACACGGCGUUUUGUGGCUACUCACGGUGAGCCGGUCGCCUGGGGCUGGGACUCUUUAGAGAAGCUAGGUAUUAAAGACAUCACGAAGCCGACAUGGGGACAGCAGUCCCUUCGUCUGGAUGGAACAGGGGCUUUUGAUCAGAGCGAGGAGGAUUACGUGCCCGUCUUUUGGGGAUGCGGUGUUACACCGCAGAAUGCGGUCGCGAUGGCCAACCUGCAAGGCACAGUCAUGGCACACGCUCCAGGCCACAUGAUUGUUCUAGAUGUCCAGGAAUAUGAGGUCUUCCCUACUGCUAUUGAGACGGCGUAA